AUGGCUGCUGCUAUCGCAAGUGGGCUGAUCAGACAGAAGAGACAGGCACGGGAGCAGCAUUUAGAUCGGCCCUCGACCAACCGACGGAGGAAGAGCCCCAGCAAGAACAAGGGGCUCUGCAAUGGGAACCUCGUCGACAUCUUCUCUAAAGUGCGCAUCUUCGGCCUCAGGAAGCGGAGACUACGGAGACAAGAUCCCCAGCUCAAGGGUAUAGUGACCAGGUUAUAUUGCAGGCAGGGAUACUACUUGCAAAUGAACCCCGAUGGCUCUCUUGAUGGGACCAAGGAUGACAGCAGUAAUUCUUCUUUAUUCAACCUUAUUCCUGUGGGCCUCAGAGUUGUCGCCAUUCAGUCCGUGAAGACAGGGUUAUACAUCGCCAUGAACGGGGAGGGCCAUCUGUACACAUCACUCUCAUCGAGGCUGAUCGGCCUGGCCGUGAGCCUGCUGCGCUACGCUUUACCAUGCCGUGUAACCAUGCCGACAGGAUUGGGCCGGGGUCCAGGAAGACAGUCGGCUCUGGAAGCUGUCAGCAGCAGCUCCGCUUGA